GUAAUCAGAGGACUGCUCAAAUUUUGGCCAAAAACUUGCAGUCAGAAAGAGGUAAUGUUUUUAGGUGAAAUUGAAGAAAUCUUAGAUGUAAUAGAACCGACACAAUUCAAAAAAAUAGAAGAGCCUUUAUUUAAGCAAAUAUCCAAGUGUGUGUCAAGUUCACAUUUUCAGGUUGCAGAAAGAGCUUUGUACUUCUGGAAUAAUGAAUAUAUUCUCAGUCUGAUUGAAGAGAACAUUGAUAAAAUUCUACCAAUUAUGUUUGGCAGUUUAUACAAGAUCUCCAAAGAACACUGGAAUCCAACGAUUGUGGCAUUGGUAUAUAAUGUGCUGAAAACCCUGAUGGAAAUGAAUGGCAAGCUUUUUGAUGAACUUACAAGCUCAUAUAAAGCAGAAAGGCAAAGAGAGAAAAAGAAGGAAUUGGAACGUGAAGAGUUGUGGAGAAAGCUGGAGGAGUUGAAGCUGAAGAAGGCUAUGGCAGAAAAGCAGAACAGCACUCACAACGUGCUCAAUGCACACAAUGCAAGUGCCAAAUAAAAGAAAUGGCCACCUCUACUUGGCAGAGAUACUUUUUUGUACCCUUUUGAAAUAUAUAAGGAUUUGCAAAAGAAACCUCAGCAGUAUAAUAGAAAUAGCCAAUUUUUUUCUCUGGCAAAUGUAAAGAUUUGGAUUUAAAUACAGCAGUUAAGUGAUGUCAUUACCACAGCUUAUUGUAAAUUUGUCUAAUUAUUGAUAUACUGUCACUUCCAAUGUUUCAUAGAACUGAAUUAUCAUCCUUAAUGAGUGAAAUAAUUAUGGGAGUGGUGAGAAUUAUGACUUGAAUUUUUGAUUGUGUUGCACAUAGGUGGUAUAGUUUGCUAUGUACAUUUUUUUUCCUUGUUUUAUAUGUGCUUUUCACAUCGCUGCAUACUUUGGUUAAGAUGAUAGAAAAGGCUUCUAGUUGUGCUGUAUUUUCUCAAAUAAAACCAAGGUACAUUACCAGUAACUUGAAAUAUUUGGUAUGUGCCCC